ACCAGAAAAUUUCAGUCCACUCUCUCCCCCUCCCCAACCCCCCCCCAGGCUAGUUGUGAGUUGAAGGACUGAGCGCGGAGGGCCGGGGGGCGUCCGGGGAAGGGGGAGAGGGCCUCGAGAGACCCCUCCCGCGUCCCGGGCCGGCGCUGAAUCACCGGCGAGGUUUCUGAACACCCGUGAAUGAGCCGCUCGCCAGCCUUGGCACCUGGGACCCCCCAACCCACCACUGGCAUGCCCCACCAGCCUUCAGCCUGAGCCGGCGGCCCCCGCCCCCGCCCCCCGCCACCCUGCACUGUCCCGGCUCCCCCGAGGCCCCCACGCUGCAGUGUGGCCGGGCCCCCUCCCCACCGGGGCCACCCCCGCCACCCACCCCUGGUGCCCGGCGUGGUGGCGGCCUGGCCCGCAGGGCCAUGAAGCUGCAGGCGGUGAUGGAGACCCUGUUGCAGCGGCAGCAGCGGGCCCGCCAGGAGCUGGAGGCCCGGCAGCAGCCGCUGCCCGAGCCCCCCACUGGACCCCGGGCUCGGGCCCCCCUCGAUGAGGACAGAGAACCUGAGAAUGCCCAUAUGCAGCGGGCACAGAUGGCCGCACUGGCUGCCAUGCGGGCUGCUGCAGCAGGCCUGGGACAUCCACCCAGCCCUGGGGGCUCUGAGGACGGGCCCCCAGGCUCAGAGGAUGAGGACUCGGCCCAGGAGGGGGCUCCGGGCUCACCAGCCCUGCCUGGGCAAGGCGGGGAAGGCUCCAGACACACUGAAGAUGCCACACACUUGGAGGACUUAGGCUCCGAUGAAGACCUGAAGCCGAAGUGGGAGGAGGAGGAAGAGCUGGAGGAAGACCUGGCUGACGAGGACGAGGACGAGGACGACUAUGAGGAUGAGGGGGAGGAGGAGGAGGAGGGGCUGGGCCCCCCAGGUCCCCUGGGCCCGGGCUCUGCCGGUCUGUUCCCACGCAAGGCGCAGCCAGCCCAGGCCUUCCGUGGGGAGGGUGCUCCCAGGGCACUAGGCGGCCCUGAGCGGCAGGGGCCUGGCCCAGCCCACCCUGGAGGGGCCGCCCACCUAGGGCCCCAGCCGCAGCCGCCAGACCCCGGGGACUGGACCUACGAGGAGCAGUUCAAGCAGCUCUAUGAACUGGACGGGGACCCCAAGAGGAAGGAGUUCCUGGACGACUUGUUCACCUUUAUGCAGAAGCGAGGCACGCCGGUGAACCGCAUCCCCAUCAUGGCCAAGCAGGUGCUGGACCUGUUCAUGCUGUACGUGCUGGUCACGGAGAAGGGCGGCCUCGUGGAGGUCAUCAACAAGAAGCUGUGGCGCGAGAUCACCAAGGGCCUCAACCUGCCCACCUCCAUCACCAGUGCCGCCUUCACCCUGCGGACCCAGUACAUGAAGUACCUGUACCCCUACGAGUGCGAGAGGCGGGGCCUCAGCAGCCCCAGCGAGCUCCAAGCCGCCAUCGACAGCAACCGCAGAGAGGGCCGGCGCCAGAGCUUCGGGGGCUCGCUCUUCACCUACUCUCCGGGCGGGGCCCACAGCACGCUGUCCUCGCCCAAGCUGCCCGUGCCCUCCCUGGGCCUGGCGGCCAGCACCAAUGGCAGCUCCAUCACCCCGGCCCCCAAGAUCAAGAAAGAGGAGGACUUGGCCAUCCCCAUCACGGUCCCUGGCCGCCUGCCCGUGUCCCUGGCGGGCCACCCGGUGGUGGCUGCCCAGGCCGCCGCAGUGCAGGCCGCGGCAGCCCAGGCCGCCGUGGCAGCCCAGGCAGCUGCUCUGGAGCAGCUUCGGGAGAAGCUGGAAUCUGGGGAGCCCCCUGAGAAGAAGAUGGCCCUGGUGACUGAUGAGCAGCAGCGGCUCAUGCAGCGAGCACUGCAGCAGAACUUCCUGGCCAUGACGGCGCAGCUGCCCAUGAGCAUCCGGAUCAACAGCCAAGCCUCUGAGAGUCGCCAGGACUCGGCUGUGAGCCUGACUGGCUCCAAUGGCAGCAACAGCAUUAGCAUGUCGGUGGAGAUCAACGGCAUCAUGUACACAGGAGUGCUGUUUGCCCAGCCGCCGGCCCCCACGCCACCCUCGGCUCCCAGUAAGGGCGGCGGCGGCAGCAACUCCGGCGGCGGCGGCGGCAGCCGGGGAGCAUCGGGCGGGACCAGCGGCGGCGCGGGCGGCCAGGCCGGGCCUGCAGGACGGCCCGGGCCCCCCACCUCUACCUCAGAUACCUCGCUGCCUUAGCCGCCCCUGCCGCCACCAGCGCCGCCACCACCUACGGAGCACGCCCUGCGGGGCCCUGCGCACCAGGAGGGUGCGCGGUGCGCGGGAGGGUGAGGCCCCCAGGAAGCCAGCCGACGCCAAAAAGGAAAGAAAAUAUAUACAUAUAUAAAUAUAUAUAUAUAUAUAUAUAUAUAUAUAAAGCAAAUUUAAUAAAACAGGGAGCGCGGGGAACACUGGGAAGUCUCAGGUUUCAGACACCGAGAGGAACCGUCAGGACCACGAGGAGCCAGCCCCGGG